AAGCAGCAACAAAAAGACACGCUGUUUGAUAAAAAUUCAAAUUUCUUAGAAAUUCCGCUACUUAAUCAAGAAACAACUAAAGUAGCAACCGAACUACCACGCCUGCACAAAGUCUAACACAAAAGCCCUCGAAAAGUGCAAAAAAAACAUGAGCGAGGUAAAGCAACUGCUAAGCUCCCUUUUGUGGGACAUUUACGGCAAACAACAGCGGGAAGAGCGUUCGCUGCGUUUUAGCAAGUAUAGCGACAAAUUUAGCAAAGACGAUCCAGAUAUGGCAGAUUUAAGUUCGUUAAAAUUUGCUAGCAGCGCUAAAGACUUGGAACAUUUGGGCAUCUGCAAGCUAACCGAUAUUUCUGCGAUUCUAAAGAUGGAAAUUAGUUUGAUGGGUUACUUCUUGGAACGGGUGCUGAUAUCGCGCGAACGCAAUCGAAGGCAUCAAGAAGCUUUGUGUGCGUUUGUGGACGCGCUGCUGUUUGUGAAAUUUCGUAAGUUUGAAUAA